AUUUAUAAUGCCGAGGAGAGAAAUAAAGAUCUAACACCAUUGACUGACAGUAGACAGAUACAGCAGCUACAACAAACCAAUGGAGACACCUUAACAGUGAUUGAAGAGAAGGACGGCGAAUCCUCCGGCACAAACCAGGUAUCUACCGUAAGUGAUGCAACUGCCACAGCGGGCUCAGAAACCAAAGAUUUUUCCUCUUCCACAGGCAUCACCAACACUCACACCGAAUUAACAAACACAACGGAUUCCAACUCUCCUGCAGCUCUUGACACGAAUAUCAAAGAAGGUUCACAAGAAACAAAUUCCACUAUUCUGGCCAGCACUACGAACACUGUCAGCGAAGCAACAACAACAACACUUCCUCCUGUUCCUGUACCCAAUGCAGAGAUCAGCAGCAUCGCCUCCACAGUUCAGAAGAAGGCUAAUGUUGACAGCAGUGUCAGUCCUGUGCGGAUGCGCACUGCAGCACCUCUACUGAUUGUGGUUGCGUUGUUCUCCGCUACCAUGUACUGA